GACCCCAACAUUCCCAAACACAAUCAACCAGAUCUUGUCCCGGAUCACUUCGUCCUUUUGAUUCUGUCCGAACUUGAGUCUAGAGUGAGUGGGCAACUUCCCAUCUCUUCUACUCUUCUCCCGCUUUUUUCUUUUACGCUCCGGUGCUUCGUCACCUUCGAAGCCACAAGUGCACCCAGAGAAAAACACGAGAACACAAAUGGCUGCUUUGCAAAAAAAUUCCGCACUAUCUCCAAUGGAUCCAAAUCUCCCUACCCGGCCUCUGACCAGGAAACGAUCGAUGAGGACCGCCAACCCAUCUCCUCUCCGAAAGCAGUCCGACUACCAACUGGUUGCACCUCUGAAAAUUGCCCCGAGUGUUGCUUCGGGACCUCCGCCAGCUCCCUCCAGCACCGCAAACCAGAAACCGCCAGGUGACCCGAAAACCCCCAAAGCCGCCGCGAAAGACCGGAAGAAGAAAUUACUGUGUGCCACCCCACCCCAGGUUCUACAGGAUACGAGAGGAAGGGCGGAGUAUGACCGUGGAAGACAGCUCGGUGAGGGUGGGUUUGCAAGGUGUUUCCUGGUACAGAAUAAGGAAGGCGAAUUAUUCGCAGCAAAGACCGUCGCGAAGAAGAGUUUACAAAACCAGAGAAUGAAAGCCAAAGUUUGUUCAUAUCUUCCCAUCGGAAAAUGUUUAUUGACGAUCAAUAGUUCUUUGGAGAGAUUCAAGUUCAUAAGACAAUGAUUCACCCGAACGUCGUCAAGUUUAUUGAGUGUUUCGAAGAUAGUGACAACAUCUACAUGAUUUUGGAACUGUGUCCAAACAAGUCAUUAAUGGAUAUGUUGCGGGCUCGCAAACGAUUUACCGAACCCGAGGCAAGAUUCUUCUUGUUGCAACUCCUGGGUGCAUUGAAAUAUAUGCAUGGGAAGAAGGUUAUCCAUCGCGAUCUUAAACUUGGUAAUAUAUUUUUGGAUGCAGAAAUGAACAUUAAAAUCGGUGACUUUGGGCUUGCAGCCUUGCUUGUCAACGAAAACGAUCGCAAGAGAACUAUAUGCGGGACACCGAAUUACAUUGCUCCGGAGGUUUUGUUCGGUAGUGGGAAGGAAGGGCAAGGACAUAGUUUCCAGGUUGACCUCUGGGGAGUUGGCGUUAUAAUGUGGGUUCCCUGCAGAACGACAACUCCAAACACUGCUAACUGUACACAGGUAUGCUAUGCUCGUCGGGAAGCCUCCUUUCCAAGCUGGCGAUGUAAAUGUUAUCUACCAGUAAGUUCCCGCCUAGACUGGAAUAAAAUGUGAACCACAUCACUAACUGCAAGUAGAAAAAUUCGCCACAACACUUUCAGCUGGCCUGAGGAGGUGCCUGUCAGUUCAGCAGCAAAGCAUCUGGUUCACUCGAUCCUCAACCAUGACCCCGACGCUCGGCCUACACUAGACGAUAUUGCCGACCAUUAUUUCUUCAAGUCCGGUUUUUUUCCCAGAUCGAUCCCAGUCAGCGCUGGCAAACAGCCACCAGUCUGGAGAGGUGCUAGUGGACAAGGAGUAGGAACCGUUAGCGCAAACAGACAGGAUUGGAUAAAGAACUAUGAAGAGGUUGCUCGCGAAUGCGGCAUCGGCGUCCGUUCGGAUGGAAGACCCGUUAGUGCCGUUGGAGAUCAUGCAGGCGAGAGUGUGGAGCUUCUGACGCUUCCACCUUCCAGGCCGACAUCGGCGUUGUCUAUCGGCGAUGGAAACCAGCUUUUUGCGGUUGAAAAGCAAACUAUGAAUAUGAAGCGUGAGGCCGAGGCGAGGAAGCGAAAGGAAACAGAUGCUCAUAUUCUACCAGAAAUCCUAAGCCCACGGGACAGCCAUGCGAGAAUGCGGGGUGCCAGUGCGCUAAAGGGAAAGGCAUCCAGAUUGUGGGGCCCGACAAGGGGAACCGGGCUUGUUGCCGCUGGGCUAAUGCCAGCGAGACUAGCACCCGUACUACCCGCUUCACAAGUGGCCAAGGUCUCUGAAGCGGAAGAAGAGUCCGAUGAUGGUUUCGAAGACCAAGAGGAGGAAGACCCGAUAGCAAAGCCAACUGCUCAGCGUCUAAAAGCACAACCGAUACGAAAGAGCACUGUUGUUACAUCUCCAGCUGCCAGGAAGAGUGUAUUUCCUCCCCGUAACCAAGGUGUGAAGUCGCAUGCUGCGGAGUUGAGAGCUGCGGGCCAACCGGAAGCUCACGAGCAAUCUAUCAAGGCACCACCUACCGGAACGGCACCCAGCCCUCCGGGAAAACUGCAGAGCCGACCAUCACGACCAAUUCCUUCUGCAUCGGCCAAGUCCCAAUACGAGCUUCCACCAUCGUCGCAGGAACCUAUAAUUUCAACACGGCCCUCAUCGCAGCAAUCCUCGCAGCCCUCAUCGCAACCUUCUGAAGGCCCAAUUAUUCAGUUUGGUCCCAACCUAAGUUCCAAGAUUGGCGUGUCCAUUCGUUCAACUUCCACAUCCACAAUCCUCUCAUCAUUAAGACCUUUCAUUAAUAACCUUGAGGCAUUUUCCAGCUCCAGACUUCACACCCUAUCUCCUACACCAAUUGCUACCAUCGCAGCAGUGAAGUCCUUUCGCAGAGGUGAAUCCAAUAAACACGUUUUCAUCACAAAAUGGGUAGAUUACACCAAUAAGUACGGGGUGGCAUACAUUCUUACAGAUGGCACCUGCACGGCGAUGUUCAAUGAUAACACUUCGUUCGUAGUUGAUGGUAUCGGUGGUGAAAGGGUCGAAUUUAUUACUCAAUCCUACGCCAGUGAUUCCUCGCAAGAUACUGUAUACCGAAGGCUCCAAACAAAAAUGGACGUCCUCAACGAGAAGAAGAGGACCAGCAGAGGACUUGCCAGGAAGAUGCAGAUGUGGAAGAGGUUCAAAAACUAUAUGAAGACAGAUCUAGAGACUGUCGAACAAUGGAGUGUGGAAAGGGAUUCCGUAAUCAGGGAGCCAACCGUUGGUGGUGACGAUCGUGGAAUGCUAUUCGUCACCCAUUAUACAAGGCUCAAGAGAUGUGCUCUCUUCCGCUACUCUGACGGAUCCUUCCAGGUUCGUUACCCAAUAGUUGAUGUUUAACUCCUGCUAACAUUUUCACACCCAGUUAAACUUUAUUGAUCACACGAAGCUCAUAGUCUCCUCCGGCGGUCGAACAAUCCGUAUGAUUACCAAGGCACACGAACUCAUUGUCAUGUCCCUUGAAGAUACACACCAAGAAGUCUUCAUCUCAAAGAAUAGAGCGCUGCUAGAUUUUGGUGUCAGAGAAAAACUAAGUUACCUGACCGAUAUACUAAAGCUCUGGGCGGCGGAAGGGAAGUUCCCAAGAAGCUACGACGUUAAAGAGGAGACCGGGAUAACGGUGCUAGGGGAGUAAAUUAGAUUUAUGUUUUUCCUUUUCUACUCCUACUUUUGCUAUUUCUUUGUUCAUCCGUUUGGCGUUGGUUCACAGUAUGGGUAUAUAUUUCUUGUUUUGUCCCCCCUCCCGAAUGCUCAAUGUUUCCGUCUUUUUUUUCUAGUAGUACGGAAACACUCGGGGAUGUACUAUUAUCAUGACUGUCGAGUUUUCUUUCCCCACGAAGCUUGGUUUGUAAGGCACAUCAAUAAUUGAGCAUGCACAUAUCAUUCCACCAUCAUGAGAUAACCCGACGAGGUAGGAGGCAUUUGAGUUAGGACACGCCUGUUUUCUGUUUUUUUAUCUAUUCAAAAAGGGCUUGCUGCCGUGUUGUAACAAAGCACAAACACGGAUUCUGUUACAUCGUGUGUGGAUAAGAUUCCGGAAUAGGAAAUCAAUUUAUAACCGUAUUUAGGCUGAGCAUGAGGAGUUCUCUGCUAUAAAAUGAGUCCCUAACACUAAGAUAUGGUACAGUCCGAACCUCCUACUCCCAACAUUACCAGAACUUUUACCGGAAGGCUUGCCCAUGCCCAAGAUCCCCUUCCUUGCACGUGUUUCGAAGGUUCUCUAGUUUUGUUGAGAUGCUGCAGGAAUUCUUGGAAGGGGUCGGGGAGAGAACGGGGAAGAGAAGCGGGGAAGAGAAGCGGGGAAGAGAAGCGGAGAAGAAGACACCACAGUUAUCACGAGUGAGUGAAAGUUUGAUAUUGGCAGCAAUUAGCCAUGUUCCAAUAGAAUGGGUCACUCCCACCGCCUAUUCUAGGACAUCGCGAAAUAUGAUCUAAGACCAGCUAGCCGAAACGAAUACACGCACCUAAAGGUAUUCCCCUAGGAGCUCCUAUCAAAACGUAUACACAAAGUAACAACAGAAAAAUCGAUUAGAUUGUUUAACUAACUUACCCAACGAAACUCAAUAUGUAUCCCCACCCUAGUGACGACAAAUAUGUCUCAGAAUAUAUGCCCCUACCCAAACACCAAAGCAGUGAGUGGGAAGUUGAUGGUGAAUAGCAGUUCUCCGACGGCUCCAGGACGGUAUAAUGAAAAAAACUAGAAUACGGUAGUUCCUCCACUGUGCUUUUCUCCUCCUAAUCCAAAGGAGGGAAACCCGGACGUCUCAGCGUGAGGUUCAGCUACCGGUAUUCCGGUUUUCACGGUUUGGUACUUCGAGUGACUACGCAUGAAGUGGAGAUUGCCGUGAUGACAGCCCCACCCGGUCAAUCCCGUGAGACAGGGAGCGUGACAAGUGGAUGACAGGAUUAUGAAUAUGAGAGCUGUUGAUACCGGUAUCGGUAUCAUGGCUCCUGAUAAACAGAGCCCCCAGUGGCGCAUCGUUGCGGGGGCUGAGA